CGAGGAGCCAACCUGCCCGGCCAUUCGCUCCGUCUGGCUCGCUCCCCUCCCCUCCCCUCCCUCCCCGGACCCGCCCGCCCGCCCGCCCGGCAGCAGCAGCGGCAGCAGCAGCAGCACCAACCAGCCCCUCUCCCGAGGGACGGCGCGCAGGAAAGGAUCGCGGGCAGCAGCAGGCGAGGCCAGCGGGAGGAUCCGAUGCGCCGUCGCCGGGGGGCCGGGCAGGCUGGAGCAAGAGCCCCGCGCCGACGCGGCGAGCCAGGCGGCGGUCCGGCUGCAGCCCUCCCGCCCGGAGCCACGCGGGCGUCCUAAAGAGGCGGCCGGGCGGUGCUUCUUCCUCCUCCUCCUCUUCCUCCCCGCCCGGGCGCCAUGCCUCCCGCGCGCCCUUCGCGGCUCCGGCCAGCCCGAUGCCCCCCUCGCCUCCGUCCCGGGCGCAGCCGGCCAGGGGAAGGCGAGCCCCGCGCAGGAUGAAGGCGGCCGGCCGGCGAGGCUGAGCGGGACCCGGGCUGCUCCCCGCGGCCCAGCAUGGAGCAGCCGCCUCGCCCGGAAGAGGAGCCCGGCGAGAGUUUUGCCCUCCGGAGCCACGCCGCUUGGCAGAGACCCCGGCGCGGAGCCAGCUAGUUUUGCCAUCCCUCACAACCAUGAAGUCUCCAAAGGCGAGCCCACCUCGCAAACGAAGGAUGCUGUGGAUUAUUCUUCUAAGCACAAUUGCCGUAGCAUGGACUACUCCCAUUCCCUUAAUCGAGGACUCGGAAGAAAUUGAGGAACCUUGUUUUGAACCUUGUUACUGUGAAGUCAAAGAGAGUCUUUUUCAUAUACACUGCGACAACAAGGGAUUUAUAAAUAUUAGUCAGAUCACGGAAUCCUGGUCGAGACCUUUCAAACUUUACCUGCAGAGAAACUCCAUGAGGAGGUUAUACACCAACAGUUUUCUCCACUUGAACAAUGCUGUUUCUAUUAACCUUGGGAACAACGCUCUGCAAGACAUUCAGACGGGGGCCUUUAACGGGCUCAAGAUUCUGAAGAGGUUGUACCUGCACGAGAACAAAUUGGACAUUUUCAGAAAUGAUACUUUCCUGGGUUUGGAAAGUCUGGAAUAUCUGCAGGCAGAUUACAAUGUCAUUAAGCGGAUAGAAAGCGGGGCGUUUCGCAACCUGAGCAAACUCCGGGUCCUGAUCUUAAACGACAACCUUAUUCCCCUUCUCCCCACCAAUUUGUUUAAGUCUGUGUCCUUAACUCACCUGGACUUGCGUGGAAACAGACUAAAAGUGCUGAGCUACAGAGGGAUGCUCGACCAUAUUGGCCGGAGCUUGGGUGAACCUCAGGUGGAGGAGCACCCUUGGGGCAGUACGUGUGAGAUGGUGCACCGGGGUUGGCUGGAGCGCGUGGGUGGGGCCGCCCUUGUGGGAGACAUAACUUGUGAGACCCCUUUCCAUUUCCACGGGAAAGACUUGAGGGAAAUCAAAAGAAAUAAACUGUGCCCGAUGCUGUCUGACUCGGAGCUGGUAGGUGUCCCUCAGUUGCCCUCGAGCAAGGAGCAUGCGUGGCCUACGAAGCCUUCCUCCAUGUUGUCCUCCUUCCAUUUCACCGCUUCCUCUGUCGAGUACAAAACCUCGAUUAAGCAGCCCAGGCCCACAAAACAGCAUUGGGCGCUUCAAAACUUGCCCCACUGCAGCGAGGGCCCCAUGCCUAGCGCCCAUUAGCCUCCCGGCCCUUGACAGACGAGGCCUCCCAUCCCCAUCAUAUGCCCAACCGGCUGCUCUUGCAGUUUGCACAUCAAUGACUUGGGCCUGACGGUCAACUGCAAGGAACGAGGGUUCCACAACAUCUCUGAGCUCCUGCCCAGGCCCGUUAAUGCCAAGAAGUUGUAUCUGAGUGGGAAUUUGAUACAGAAAAUUUACCGUUCCGAUUUCUGGAACUUUUCGUCCUUGGACCUCCUGCACCUUGGAAACAAUCGAAUCUCCUACGUGCAGGAUGGGGCGUUUAUUAACCUGCCCAACCUGAACAGGCUGUAUCUGAAUGGCAAUGACAUUGAGCGGCUGACCCCGGGCAUGUUCAGGGGCUUGCAAAGCUUGCAUUACCAGGAGCUGGCGGUACGACCAGAUCAGGGAGAUGUCCGGCCUGCUGCCGGCAGCCUGUGCCCGGCAGAAUGCUGCUACUCGGCGUGA